UGGGGCUCGGCUGUCCCGGCCCCGUUCACUCGGUGAGGGGAGGCGGCAGUCGCCGAGUCCCGGCUGCAAUCUGAGCGGGCCUGAGGCUACCGGCCGGGGAGUAGGGCUGGGCCCCCGAGUUCCUGAGCUUCCCUUUCUGUGGAGAGGGAAGGGAGGUGUCAGCCGCGGGUGCGGGGCAGCCCCCUUCCUGCCGGGUGUGCGGGGAGCCAUGCGGCAGUUCCUACCUCGGGACGCGGCUUCUCGGCCCGGAAAGCUUUUGAGGAACUGAUUAGUAGCCUGGCACUUCAUCUGUUGCAAGCAGGACAAUGGCUGCCAGCAAGAGCAAGAGUCAAAGUUCCUUGGCCCUCCAUAAAGUUAUUAUGGUUGGCAGUGGAGGUGUGGGCAAAUCUGCACUCACUCUUCAAUUUAUGUAUGAUGAGUUUGUAGAAGACUAUGAACCUACCAAGGCUGACAGCUACAGAAAGAAAGUAGUUUUGGAUGGUGAAGAAGUUCAGAUAGACAUUCUGGACACAGCAGGACAGGAGGAUUAUGCAGCUAUCAGAGAUAACUAUUUCCGCAGUGGGGAAGGAUUCCUUCUGGUCUUCUCAAUAACAGAGCACGAAUCCUUUACAGCAACAGCAGAGUUUCGGGAGCAGAUCCUGCGUGUGAAGGCUGAAGAGGAUAAAAUCCCUUUACUGGUAGUAGGAAACAAAUCUGACUUGGAAGAGCGCAGACAAGUGCCUGUAGAAGAGGCCAGAAGUAAAGCAGAGGAGUGGGGUGUGCAGUAUGUAGAAACUUCUGCCAAAACCAGAGCGAAUGUAGAUAAGGUAUUCUUUGAUUUAAUGAGAGAAAUCAGAGCAAAGAAAAUGUCAGAAAACAAAGACAAGAAUGGCAAGAAAAGUGGCAAGAACAAGAAAAGCUUUAAAGAAAGAUGUUGUUUACUGUGAUACUUGGGAACUCUAAAUAUCUAUCUACAGGUGGCAUGGAUGAGAUACCACUAAGGAUAUAGGGCUGGAUUCAUGAAAGGAAGUCUGUAUUGACUCCCUUAUCUUUUGCUUUGCAUAUCAUGCCUUCAGAAUGUGAAAACAGAACUUUGAAACCAUUUCUGGUAUCCAAUAAAACCAAUGCCAACUUAAACUGAAAUGGGCCUAGUCCUAGAAACAGUUUCAGAACUACAAUCCUUCUGCUUGGUUAUACAGUGUACUUUUGUAUUAACUUCCUAGUUUACUCUAGUGUUUUUCUGAGUAUGUUUCUCUUGAACCUCUACUGGCCUUAACAAGCACAGCUGUUCAGGUUCAACCUUUUUUUUUCCCCCCUACUGUUGCUGCCCUCCUUGAUGUUGCAAACUGCAGAAAAGCUAGAUGACAUCUGGUAAAGGGUUUGAGUCUCAGUCUUCUGUUAGUGGUCACUGGUGUUUCUUGCACUGAAAUCUGCUGACUUCUUCCCCAGAAAAUAGCAACUGACAAGUAAGAGUCAACCAAAACCAAACUUAAUGCCAUGUUCUGUUUAGUCAAUACAGCAUUCAUGAAUCAAGCCUAUGGACUCAAUUCAGACUUAUUUGAACAAUGCAAAAAUUGUUAAUUAAAUACUGGCAAGAUGCAUUCCCCGCAUCCUCAAAUUAGUUAGAUGGGGUGAGGAAAUGACUAAGCCUUUCUUCAAAAGGAAUAAUGUUACCAUCUCCUUAAUGUGUCCUGGGUUUCUUUCAUCUGUUGUGGCUAGACUCAGUUACACUCACUCUACAUCCAUCAUCUUUCCUUUCCCUCAUACUGGAAUAGUGAAAAUCAAAGUGCUGAUUUCAUUGGUUUUGUUUAUAUUGGAACACUUGUAAACAUUUUGGAAAAGUGGGAAUAUCUGGAUCUUGUCUUGGUGCAGAUGAAAACUUUGGAGUAAGGGUGGGUCACAUCACACAAUCAUGUCUUAUAAUAGGUGAAGCAUACAUGCUACCUCUCAAUGAUUAUCUGGCUAGUGAGUUCUGUGGUGUCAAAAAGCAAAUGAAGUUAAGCAGUUGCCAUGUGUGUUACUCACUGUUUAUUUUAUAUGUACUGUUUCUGAUGCACAGCAAGCUAGCACAUGGAGAUGUGAGCUGAAUUUUGUACCAGAUACGCAAUGAUGGUCAUGUAUUGAUCAAAAAAACCCUGCCUAGAAAUGGAAGUCAGUACUCAGUAGGUUGUCAGAUGACUGAACUGAGCAUUCUGAUGCAGUUUGGGUGCAGCUGCCAAACAAAAUAUUUCUGUCACUGUUGUGGAAAGUAACUAUCUAUGGGUUAUAAAGUGUCUCAAUGAAUUAUGGCUGUCUUCUGUUUUGAAGGAGUAGAGAGACUUAAAGUAAUGACUGAAUCUUGCUUGUUAACCAGAUAAUUAAAUCACAGUUACUUGGUCAAAAGAAUGUGCUAUGUGGUUGUGCAGUGAAGCACACUGCAGCACUAAACUAACAAACUUUCCUUUUGAGGUGAAGGAAUAGAGAAUACUGUUCAGUGCUUAGUAUUGUUAAUUUGAGCUUGAAAAACAAUUUUAACAUGUACUAGAUUGCUGGUGUGCAUUCCACCUUCAUAAAUAAGGUUUGUUAGAUGUCGGAACUUUUGUUGGUCUGAGGUUACACAGGGACUUAUCACAAACUCAUUGUCUUCCAUAACUAGUUCAACUUGUCAGGCAACUCAUGGGAUUGGAGAAACUACUAAAUAAAAGGUGCUGUAAUCUUCA